UCACACCACAGAUUCCUCAGGAUUGGCUGAGACCGCAAAUAAAACACUGUUUGCCCAUAAUCAAGUUGAUACGCUACAGCAUAAAUGCACGCAAGUUCCUAGUCUAAAAAUAUAACAUGAAGUGUUUGCUCUCUUCUUUCCUCCUAAUGUUUUCAUACAAGACUUGGAGAGGAAACAUCGUAUCUGGCCGAAAGAAAAGGUCUUUAAAGAAAAGAAAAACCCUAAAAUGGGUCUUUUGAGUUCUAAAAACUUCAAAUCCAAGCAAGCCCAAAUUCUUCUUCUGGGACUUGACUCUGCUGGGAAGUCUACUCUCCUUUAUAAGUUAAAGCUUGCUAAGGAUAUUGUGACCAUUCCGACGAUAGGUUUCAACGUGGAAAUGAUCGAGUUGGAAAAGAAUCUUUCACUCACCAUCUGGGAUGUUGGAGGCCAGGAGAAAAUGAGAACCUUGUGGGGCUGUUACUGUGAGGGCACUGAUGGGCUGGUGUAUGUUGUGGAUAGUACGGACAAACAGCGACUGGAAGACUCCAGGAGAGAGUUUGAGCACAUCUUGAAGAAUGAACACAUUAAAAAUGUGCCUGUUGUCCUACUAGCCAACAAACAAGAUGUGCCUGGCGCUCUGACUGCCGAGGACAUCACCAGAAUGUUCAAAGUGCAGAAGCUCUGCAGCGACCGGGCCUGGCAUGUGCAGCCCUGCUGUGCCAUCACUGGGGAUGGGCUGACGGAGGCAUUCAGAAGACUAACUGGAUUUGUGAAAAGCCACAUGAAGUCGAGAGGAGACACCUUAGCAUUCUUCAAGCAGAACUGACCUCCACGUGGUGAAAGAGACACUGAUGAAGCUGAAAGGGUAAUUUUUUUCAAGAGUGAGAAGAGCAAGUUGCUGAGUUGGCAAGCUUUUCCUGAUAUGUUAUUUCACCUAAAUUCAGUUAAACAACUCAGAAUAAUAUUUAGAAAAUACUAUUUUUGGCCAGGCACUUUAGCAAACUAUGUGGUAAUGAUAAUUGAAAAUUAAAAAUUUACCAUUUUGUGCAUGUUGGAUGAAUCAGAAUAAUCAGAUUUGGGACCAAAUAAAUGAUUGCUUUAUUAUUUGCAUAUUUUUAUAUGAUUAUUAGAACGAAGUUUAAGUAAAUUGCCUGCUAAUAGAAUCAGAAUUCUUCCAGAUUGUUUCCAGCAGUUACAGGUAUUAAAUUUUCACCAUGCACCAAGUAAUAGCUGGGUGGUGUAUAAAAGGAACU